AUGAAAGAAAUCAUGAUGAUGAUGGAUGAUAUUAUUUUUGAAAUUUUACAUUUUCUUGAUACCGUGUUUAUUCUUGGAGUUUGUACGCGAGUUUCAAAACAAUGGUAUCAGAAAUGUAUGGAAUUCCCUUUCAGCAUUUCGUUCUGUAAUUCUCCUCGGAAACCUUCCUUUCCAUAUGGUCAUCAAACUAUCCAAUACAUUGCAAAUUGUGAGAAUUUACGAAAUUUAACGGAAUUACAUUUGCCAGCAGAUAAAAUUAGUUCUAAUGAAAUCAAGUCCAUGAUGGAGAGUGAGAAUGUAAGGAACUUGAAAGUGUUAGACUUACCUGGCACUGGUUCUACCAGAUCUAAGCUCCUCAAACGGAAUAACAUUAGAGAAAGCGUAAAAUAUAUUGCUCAAAGCGAAAAGUUGAAAAACUUGACUUCAUUGAAGUUACCCAAAAAUAGUAUUUCGUCUGAAGAUGUUUAUAUUAUUGCCAACAGUGAUAACAUUAGAAAUUUAACAGAUUUAAUGUUAAGUGAAAACAAUAUUCGUUCUCUGGGAGCGGGACAUAUUGCCGCAAGCGAUAAGUUGAGAAAUUUAAAGCGUUUGGAUUUGAGUUAUAAUCAUAUUGACACUACCGGUGCUGAGAAUAUUUCCCAAAGCGACAAUAUGAGUAAUCUGACCGAGUUAAAUUUGGCUGGAAACACCAUUGAUUACGAAGGUACUAAACUUAUUUCAAACAGUUCAAUUUUGAGAAAAUUACGAAAGUUAGACAUGUUUGGAAACGAUAUUGGAGAUGAAGGAACAAAACACAUUAGCGAGAAGAUGAAGAAUUUAACAGUACUACGCCUGGGAAACUGUAAUAUUAGUGUAAAAAGUGCCAACUAUAUUUCAAAUGGUCGAGCCCUGACGAAUUUAACGACACUACACGUGCGUUCGAGUAAUAUUGGUUCUAAAGGAGCUCAUCUUCUUUCCCAAAGUAGUAAUCUAAAGAAUUUAACCGAUUUGCAUUUGAGUGGUUGCUCUAUUGGGUCCGACGGUGUAAAAUAUAUUUCAAGUAGUCCUUUAUUGAGCAAUUUGACAUGCUUAAAACUACAGCUCAACGCACUGGGUUCUGAUGGAGCGAAACAUCUUUCACAAAGCGAGCACAUUACGAAAUUGAAAGAACUAUCUUUGACGAAAAACGAAAUUGACUCUGAAGGAGCAAAAUACCUUGCCCAAAGUACUCUAAUGAAGAAUUUAACGAUUUUGGAGAUUGAUAUGAAUUGCAUUGGUAACGAAGGCGCCACAUUUCUAUCCACAAGCGAGAAUCUAAAGAAUUUAUCAUAUUUAGAUCUAUCUGCAAACAACAUUAGCGCAGAAGGUGCUUAUAAUAUCAUUCACGGUAUGACCAAAUUGAGAGAAUUGCGUUUGUAUUUCAAUAAUAUUGAAUCAGAAUGUGAAAAGGAUUUGAUACAGAGUGCAGCCCAUCUUACUUUGAAGAUUUGA